CAAGUGAAACAAAACAAAACAAAACAAAAAUGAUUUUAAUUGUCAUAUUCUUUUUAUUAGUGUUCAUUAUACAUAGUUUUAUUCAAAUUAUUCAAUGGCUAAUCAAUCAACAUCGUUUAUAUUUAAUAAUCAAAACUAUACCUGGUCCAAAAAUUAAUUUUCCAUUAUGGGGAAACAUUAAUCUAUUGACAGGAAUAUUACGAAAUCAACCAAUCGGUUUACAAUCUAAAGCAUUUAUUAAUCUAAUGAAUGAUAUUUGUGAACAAUAUGAUCCAAAUAAUCGUAUCGGUUUGAUUCGUCUUUGGUUUGGACCAUUUGUGCCAAUCAUAAUAAUAACCAAUGCUAAUAUUGCACAAAAAAUUCUAAAUAGUAAAGAUCAUCUUGACAAGGCAACAUUUUAUUCAUUAUUUCGUUAUGCAAUAAAAGGAUGGUGUUUUCACCAGCAAAACAGAAAAAUGGCUUCACCAGAAACGUGAAAUACAAAACCAUUUAAAAUUUAAAGCUUUACAACGUUAUAUUGCCAACACGGAACGACAUCUAGCGACAUUGAAUGAACGUAUAGAUGCCGUUAUUGAUGAUAUGAAUAAAAAUGGUCAAAUUGAUGAUAUAAAACCGAUUCUAUCAACAUUCGUUUUAGAUGUUCUUGGUGAAAAUCUAUUCAGUACAAAAUUUCAUUCACAAUCAACUGGUGUUGAACCGAAAUUUGUUCGUUCGGUGAAUCGAAUGUUGGAAUUAAGCUACAUACCAUUCUUACAGCCAUGGUCAUAUUAUUUCAAUAAAAGCAUUCUCGUAUAUCUUUGUAAUUUGGCUAUUUUUCUAAAAACCAUGAACUAUGUUAACAAUUUUCAAUAUUCAGUUCGAAAGAUAAUAUUGGAUCGUUUUAAAAUGAAAAAAUUUGAACAAAAAUCACGAAAACAAUUAUCAUUACUGGAUUCAAUGAUUGAAUCACGAAUUUCUUCGAUGAAUCCUGAUCGAAUUCUGAAACUAAAUCAAAUUGAAACACAAAUCAAUACAUUUGUCGUAGCGGGACAUGAUACAACGACCAGUGCAUUAUCAUGGGCACUUUAUCUGUUGGGUCAUCAUCCCGAACAACAGCAACGAUUAAUCAAAGAAAUUGAUGAUUUUCUUGCCGAUCUAAAUUUGAAUGGAGAAUCAAUUACAUUGCUCAGUAUGAGACAAUUAAAAUAUUUGGAAAGUGUUAUUCUUGAAUCAUUACGUCUAUAUCCAUCUGGUCCAUUUAUUGCAAGACGAUCACGAUCGGAAUUCAAAUUGAAUGAACAAACUACAUUACCUGGAAAUAUUAAUUACAUUAUUUUCAUUCAGCAUAUGCAUAUGAAUCCAGAAUAUUUUCGAGAACCGAAAAAAUUUUAUCCAGAAAGAUUUUUACGUUGCCGUAAAGAAACAGAAUUUGAAUGGGUAAAUCAUCAGGCUUAUCUACCAUUCAGUGGUGGUCAUCGUAUGUGUCUUGGUAGAGAAUAUGGUCUAAUGCAACAACGAAUGUUUCUCAUCAAUAUAUUUCGAAGAUAUCGUGUGAAAUCAUUGGAUCGUUUUGGUGAUUGUCAGCCACGUUUUAAUUUUUUACUAUCAUCAGCACAUUUUCCAAUACGUUUUGAAAGGCGACAGCCACAAUCAACACCGGCAACACCAUCAUUUAUGACUACUGUAUCAAGACAUAGUUUUCUUUAAUAAUCGAUGAUAUUUCGGUGACGACGAAUGAAUAGAAUUUUUUUUUAACAGAUAGAUGACCAUGUUCAUGUUGCAUUUUUUUUGUGAUUUUUGAAUCUUUAUCGGAUAACCAUUACGAAACCACAUUACAGAAAUUCACAGAAAUUAUAUAAUUGUCAUCCUCUUAUCAAUUACAAUGUAACUGUUUUACGCCAA